GUAGCUCCAAGGUAUGACCUAGACCAAUAAGUGCGCAUGCGCGAGGGAAAAUGGCCUCUUUCUUCAUUCUUGCGAUCUAAGGCACCACCAUGGCGGCCCAUAUCAACAAGAAACGCAAGUUCGUCGGCGAUGGCGUCUUCAAGGCCGAGCUGAAUGAGUUUCUCAUGAGAGAACUCGCUGAGGAUGGUUACAGUGGCGUGGAAGUGCGUGUGACCCCAACCAGGACUGAAAUCAUCAUCCUGGCUACCCGUACCCAGAAUGUUUUGGGCGAGAAGGGUCGUCGUAUUCGUGAGCUGACUGCUGUCGUUCAGAAGCGAUUCAACUUCCCAGAGGGUAGCGUCGAGCUGUACGCCGAGAAGGUCGCACAUAGAGGACUUUGUGCCAUCGCUCAGUGCGAAUCUCUGCGUUACAAGUUGCUCGGAGGUCUGGCUGUCCGCAAGGCCUGCUAUGGCGUUCUUCGUUUCAUCAUGGAGAGCGGCGCACGUGGUUGCGAGGUCGUAGUCUCUGGCAAGCUCCGUGGACAGCGUGCCAAGGCCAUGAAGUUCGUUGACGGACUCAUGGUCCACAGUGGUCACCCUGCCUCUGAAUAUGUUGACACUGCCAUUCGUCACGUCAUGCUUCGUCAAGGUGUCAUUGGUAUCAAGGUGAAGAUCAUGUUGCCCCAUGACCCAACUGGCAAGAGCGGCCCACGCAAGCCUCUGCCCGACAACGUCCAGAUCAUGGAACCCAAGGACGAGCCCCUGCCCACCCAGCCUAUGUCCGAGCAGAAGGGAGGCAAGCCCGACCAGCAGGCACCAGCCCAACAACAGCCACCCAUGCAGCAGCCUGUUGCAUAAGCAAUCGUUAAGAAUGCAAAAAGACAUGUAAAGCCAACAAA